AGUUGCAUCACGAUCCUCGGUGGUGGUCUGCAACUCGGACUUUACUGUGAUGGCGUCCACACUGCCGGAGAAUCUCACCAGAGAGCAGUACGUGUACCUGGCCAAACUCGCCGAGCAAGCCGAGCGAUAUGAGGAGAUGGUCAAAUUCAUGGAAAAGCUUGUAAUCGGGUGGACCUCCAUGUCGGAGCUCACCGUCGAGGAGAGGAACCUCCUCUCCGUGGCCUACAAGAACGUGAUCGGCUCGCUCCGAGCCGCGUGGAGGAUUGUGUCGUCGAUAGAGCAGAAGGAGGAGAGUCGCAAGAACGAGGAGCAUGUGGCUCUUGUCAAAGACUACAGAUCCACGGUGGAGACGGAGCUCUCCGAGGUCUGUGCUGGUAUUUUGAAGCUCUUGGACUCGCAUCUGAUACCUUCGGCUUCCACAAGCGAGUCCAAGGUGUUUUACAUGAAGAUGAAGGGGGAUUACCACAGGUAUUUGGCGGAGUUCAAGGUUGGGAACGAGAAGAAGGAUGCGGCCGAGGAGACUAUGUUAGCAUACAAGUCUGCUCAGGAUAUUGCUCUAGCUGAUCUGGCCCCGACUCAUCCGAUAAGGUUGGGCUUGGCGCUCAAUUUCUCUGUGUUUUACUAUGAGAUUCUCAAUUCAUCGGAUAAGGCUUGUAGCAUGGCCAAACAGGCAUUCGAGGAAGCUAUUGCUGAGUUGGACACUCUGGGAGAAGAAUCAUACAAGGACAGCACUCUUAUCAUGCAACUCCUGAGGGACAAUCUUACUCUUUGGACUUCAGAUGCUCAGGACCAGUUGGAUGAGCCAUAGGGGAUGUUUUAAAUUGGCCAGUCAUAUUCCUCUCCAGGAGGAGGUGGGCUUUGAAUGUCAUUUUGUUGUGCUGGUGAAACUGGGUUUCUAGAAACAUCAACCUGGGUCAUGAUGUUUCAAUAUUUAAACAAAGUUAUUCUGUUCUAAAGUUCUGAAGAGAUUUUAAACCUGUAGCAUCCAGUGGGAAUAUCAAGUUGUUUCUUUUUUAUUUCAGGUUAUCA